AUGAUUCCCACAGCAAAAUGCCUUGCCCAGUCACCCGGCUUCGUCAAAAGGAGCGCGGACGAGUUGGCCCGGUUUACUAAGAUGGCCUGGAACCUCGACGCCCUCUCCGUCCCUUACAAACCCUACCACCUCCUCGAUUUCACCGACGAGAACACAAUUGCGGGCUGCAAGACCAUGUCCGACCGCGCCAUUGGUGGUUACAGCACUGCAAAUCUGGACUAUAUCCCCGCAGAUCCCGCCACCAAUACCCCCGCACAUGCCCGCUUUCAUGGCUCAAUAUCCACCAAGUUGCCGCAGAAUUGGAAGGUCCAGAGGACCGGUUAUGCGGCUUUCCGCAACAAAGACCGUGGGCUAUGGCUCUUCGGCCGCCUCUACUGGGACGUGGACCCAUACACCUACCUUGCGCUGCGCGUCAAAUCCGACGGCCGCAGAUACAAAGUAAACAUCCCAAACCGAUUCCAUCGUCGAUACUGA